AUGAAGUUCGCCGGGGCGAUCCUUUUCCUCUUCGCUGCGGCGGCGUCUGCCCAGUCUUGUACUGGCAACGAGAUUCAAGUCUGCCAGGGCAACAGCAUCAAGUUCUGCAACCUUGCCAAGAACAACGUCUUCGAUUUCAUGGACUGCGGUCGCCAAAAGUGCGUAAAUGUUGCUGGCGGCGCCAACUGUCAGUAA